UAUGUUUGUGUAGCAGGGCGUAUCAUUUACCUCUCACGGUUUCUCCUGUUCCCUGGCACAAGAGUCACCUGCUGGUGUGUCUCUAUGUGAAACAGGUGACCAAAGGGAGGAGUGACAGCGUGCUUUACGUUGUCCCACAGCCCACCCGUUCCCCUGGGACGCCCCGUGCGAAGUCCCUGUCCAUACCCAUAGUGGUGCCCCUAACUUCAAAGCUGAGGAGCAGCAACCCAGAGAGUAUGGAAACAGCUGGCAUGGACCCGACUACCCAGGACACCACAGCCAACACACCUCUGCUCAGUUGCUGUGAUGUCAGCCCCUGUGACAGCGCGGAGACCCUCAGCAGCUCUCAAGAAGAAGACAGGCCAAUAUCUCCUUUCUACAUGAGUAACCACCUGUCCCCUGUCCACUACAGACCAGAUUUGGUAAAUUUUCUGGACAGCACAAUACGUUCAACGGUGCAGCAGCACCUGUUUGAGGCGAACCCGUUGGGGCAUCAGGUGGACUGCGAGAUGAACCCACGUACAGCAUCGCCACGGGGGAUACAGAUUGCGCGGCAGAGGCGUCGGCAAAAACGACAGCGGGAGCAAGAGAAGCUACAACAAGGCAAGAACAGAACUGAAAGCAGAGGUGCGUCUGUCAGUGCCGACACCGACAAAGAGAACCUACCGUCGAGUCAUGGCAGCAGCCCUCACAGAGUAGACUCGCAUGUGGGUGAAAGUGGUUACGCUGAGCAAAAACUCAAACCCAGGAAGUCCAAACACAACCCUACACAGGUGAAACCCAGCGAAUACCAGGAUACCCACACAUUGAAGGAAUGUGUGGGCGUAUUGGGAACAUAUGAGAGACCUGCAGCAAAGUACAUGGAGGCUUUUGGGACUGACAGUUCUCCAGUAGAGAACAAGUCUUCUCCUCAACAGACGUUAAGGAUGAAGAUCCAGGAGUUGCCCAUCACUUAUGACACGGGGAGGGCCGGCAGCGGCGUUGGUGGGGGUGGAGAAGUUCAAGGAUUGGACCCAGAUUGCGAGAAGAAGACCUGUGAGGAACUGCAUCGACUCGACCUGACGGCGAAGGAGGACAACAACAACAACAGGGGAGAUCCCAUUGUUGCCACCCCAUCACUGCUGAAGGAGAGCAUGGAUCGUGAGGAAGCGCGACUUUCCCCGAACCCUGGCGGACGUCUGAUUCGCCAGCUGGUGGAGGAGGACAGCGACCCUAUGCUGUCCCCUCGCUUUUAUGCCUAUGGUCAGUGCCAGCAGUUUCUGGAUGACACUGAAGUGCCUCCUUCACCGCCAAAUGCUCAUUCGUUUGUCAGUCGCAGGCGGAGUUUAUCGCUCGGCUCCUGUGACGAUGACAAAGAGGAGCUGACGACGGCCCAGAUCACCAAGAGGAUCCACAUCCUCAAGAAGAAGAUCCACAAGUUUGAGGAGCGAUUUGAGGAGGAACGAAAAUACAGACCUUCCCACAGUGAUAAGGCUGCAAACCCAGAAGUUCUGAGAUGGGUCAAUGAGUUGGCCAAGCUUCGCAGAGACCUCAAAGAACAAAAGUUGCUGAAAUCUGAAGAAGAUCUUCCACCGGUCACCCGCCAGCGCAGCAACACGCUGCCCAAGAGCUUCGGCUCACAGCUCGAGAAAAAGCCCCAGCAGGAGAAAGUUCCCAAACCUCCAGUGGAGAGCACACUGGACAUGAUUCUGAAGAAACUGCAGGAGAAGAGGGACGAGGUGAGCCGUCCCGAGGACAUCAAGGACAUGACGCGGGAGCACAUUGGAGCAGAGAAGCUCGCCCUGCAGAAGUCUCUCCUCUACUACGAGAGCAUACAUGGGCGACCGGUCACUAAGAACGAGAGGCUGAUCAUGAAGCCUUUGUACGACAGAUACCGACUGAUCAAACAGAUCCUGUGCAGAGCCACCAUCAUCCCCGUUAUUGGCUCCCCCUCCAGCAAGCGCAGAAGCCCCGCCCUCCAGCCCAUUAUCGAGGGCGAACCUGCACUAUUCUUCAAUGAAAUAAAGGAGGAGGAGGAUGGAUCAGAGGACGAAGGAGAUUCGAAGACGCAGGUCACUGUGACCGUUCGGCCUGAAAUCAGCGUGUUCGGCUUCCUGGACCACAUGAGUGAGGAAGUGGACAGUUUCAUUUCCCCCGUGGAUGAGCUUUGUCCCUCUAAGAACACCACUGACAUGAGACUGUCAAACCUGCACUCAGCCACAACUCAAGAACUUGUGGAGCAGCUACAAGAAGCCAGGGAGGAGAAGAAGAGACUCCGAAAGAACCUGCGAGAGUUUGAGGACAAGUUCUUCAGACAAAACGGAAGAAACGUGCAGAAGGAGGACCGCUCCCUGCUGGCGGAAGAGUACAGCGAAUACAAACAUGUCAAAGCUAAACUGCGGCUGCUGGAAGUUCUCAUCAGCAAAAGAGACUCUCCCAAAUUUAUUUAAUAAGACACUUAAUGCAUCCACAGAUGCCAGCAGAAGUCCAACACGUCUUGCUUUGUUGGAACUGAUGGACAAAAGCUUUUCCCCUUGUUGUUGGGAAAGACAGAACUGGGAGUUUUCCUCUGGAGGUCACGACACCUGACACCUAGUCACGUUUCCUCAGAAUCACGUGUAUGACUCUUAAUUUAUUUCUGCUUUAUUGACUGUUUUUAACAGUUACUUUUUCCCCCCCUCUCUUAAAAUCUGUGUAGGUAAAUUCAUAGACUGAGAUUUUUCAAGAAAGAUUUUAUGUCAGGAAAUGUGAUUUUUUUUUUUUGUGCAUUUUUAUAUUCGGCCAAAUGAGUCUCUCCAACAGUAUUCAAAGAUUUAAUGUUCAGCUCCAGUGAUUCUGCUUCCUCACACUCAGAGGUUCACUCACUCACUUUUAACUGCUUAUCUGGGAUCGGGUCUCGGGGCUCAGAGGUGCAGUCCACCUUAAUUAUUUUUUGUCACCACAUCUACAUUCUCAUAUUCAUCAUCAGUUUAUUUUUUUUACCCAAAUACUUCCUUUGUGUCAAAUAAGCUACUUGUCUUGAGAUCACUGUUCUUUUCUCACACCGAUAAACUUAGACUCGGUGACCGAAACGAGGUCUCGUUCCGUCAUCGCAUCUCUGCUUUAUCUUGGUAACUGUUUAACAUUUGUGUGAGCGCGGUUUCUACUCCAGAAUGUGCCGUUAUCAGUGAGAAUUUUGUCCUUGUCCAAUGUAAAACCACUGGCAGGCUUCAAGAAUUUGACUGUGUACAUUUUAGUACAUAAAUUGUAUUUGUAUUUUGUAUAUAAUAUGAAUGAAAACCUAUUUUUCUGACGUGCUCUGUGA